GCAGAGGGAGGAGGGGAGGCCGGAGGAGCGCGGAAGAAGCGACGCGGCGGCUCCCCUCGGAGACAGGCGCAGUUUCGGCAGCGGGGCGCAGUCGCAGCCCGACCGUGACCAUCCCUUGCCAUAAUCAUGAUUAAGUCCGUCUGGAGCUUUUGGGUCCUCUCUGUCGUUGGAGCAGCAAGUCUUUCUGCACAACACCUUCGUCGAUUUUGUGAUGCCUCUUAUUUCUGCAACUAUUCUGCAAUGGCUUUAGAUGCAAUUCCUUCAGGUCUAACAGAUGAUAUUACAGGACUGAACCUGGCCUCCAAUGCUAUAGAACAAGUUAGCAAGAUGGAUCUGAAGUUUGCUGUCAAUCUCAGAACCCUUCUGCUCCAUUCUAACAGAAUUCAGACAAUUAAUGAUGAUGCCUUUCGCUUCCUUGUAAAGCUGGAGCACUUGGAUUUAUCAAAGAACAAUCUAACUCACUUGUCACCCUCUUGGUUCAGUCACCUUUCUUCCUUACGGCAGUUAAACAUAAAAGGUAACAAGUACUCUCAUCUAGGGGGAACUCCUCUCUUUUCUGAUCUGCAAAAGCUGAGGUUUCUGUACUUGGGAAAUGAUGCUUACUUUUCUACUCUACGGAAACAAGACUUCGAAGGAAUUUCCAUUCUUGAAGAACUGGAAAUUGAGGCACAGAGCCUUAGGCAAUAUGAGCAAGGAAGUCUAAAAUCUAUCGGGCACAUAGAUCACAUUAUUUUAAAUGUCCACUCCCCUCACACUUUAAUUCAGAUCACACAUGAUAUUACAAAUUCCGUGGUGUGUUUUGAACUGAGAAACAUACAAUCUCUAAACAGCUCAUACUUGAGACAAUUUUCACUGGGUUCUGCGGCUGUCCAGAAAGUUAUCCUUAGAAAUGUUGUACUCUCAGAUUAUUCUGCUGGUGAGAUUGCUCUCAUCCUUUCAGGUCUGAGCCAGCUUCAUGAGCUGGAGGUGGUGGAUAGCAGAUUCACUGGUGUUGGGAAUUUGAAGGAACUGCAAGGAUUGCACUCUGCAGGAACCCUAGAAGUAAUUACAGUCCGAAAUUUAACAAGUGAUUUGUUUUUUUCAGUUACAGAUUUUUCUACUGUAAGACAUCUUUUAGAUAAAAUUGUCAGACUUACAUUUGAAAAUACAAAAGUUUUUAUGGUGCCCUGCGAACUUUCAAAAUCAUUUCAUUCUCUGGAGUAUCUAGAUUUUAGUGUGAAUCUACUACAAGACUUAACUAUGGACUUCUCCUUUUGCAUGAAUUCCUUCCCUAAACUAAGAACUUUAAAUAUUAGUCAGAAUACUUUGUCUGAUCUAGGUAAUGUAGCAACAAGACUAGCUCAUCUAGUAAACUUCACAACCUUGGAUGCGAGCCGAAACAACUUUAAUCGAAUGCCGAAAUCAUGUACAUGGCCCCAAAGUUUGAAAUUUUUAAACAUCUCUGGCUGUAAAAUAAACAGCCUUACUACAUGCAUCCCUCAAAGUCUGGAAGUACUGGAUGUUAGCAGUAAUAACCUCAAUUACUUUAGAUUGAGCUUGCCACAACUACGGGAACUUUACAUCACAAAUAACAAAUUAACAACCCUGCCAGAUGCUACCUUCAUCUCUAGUGUUCAACUCAUGGUGGUUAGAGAAAACAAACUGGUGGAUUUUUCUGAGGAGCAACUUGGAAAAUUUGUACAACUGGAGAUGUUGGAUGCAUGCACCAACAGCUUCAGCUGCUCAUGUCAAUUUCUCUCUUUUGUUCAGUCUGGGGAAGGAAUAUCCAAGGUCUUGGUUGGUUGGCCUGAAAACUACAUCUGUGACUCUCCAUCCACUGUAAAGGGAAAGCAGGUACAAGUUGCCCAGUUAUCACUAACUGAAUGUCAUAGGACAUUGGUGGUGUUCCUGAUCUGCAUUUUGAUGCUGGUGAUGCUCAUGGUGGUGGCAAUUCUUUGCUACAAGCUUCAUGCCAUCUGGUAUAUGAAAAUGACCUGGGCCUGGCUUCAAGCAAAACGCAAGCCUCGACGGGACCUUAAUAAAGAAAUCUGCUAUGAUGCUUUUGUUUCCUACAGUGAACAUGACUCUGGAUGGGUGGAGAAUGUAAUGGUACAGGAGCUGGAGCAAGCUAAUCCCCCAUUUAAACUCUGCCUUCAUAAAAGGGAUUUUAUGCCUGGCAAAUGGAUUGUGGACAAUAUCAUUGACUCCAUUGAGAAGAGCUACAAAACUCUGUUUGUGCUGUCCAAACACUUUGUACAGAGUGAAUGGUGCAAGUAUGAACUGGAUUUCUCCCAUUUCCGGCUUUUUGAUGAGAAUAAUGAUGCUGCGGUUUUGAUCCUUCUGGAGCCCAUUCAAGAGCAAACCAUUCCCAAAAGAUUUUGUAAGCUCAGAAGACUAAUGAAUACCAAAACCUACCUUGAAUGGCCAAGAGAUGACAAUCAACAACAAAUAUUUUGGUUUAAUUUGAGAACAGCACUUAAGUCAUAGGGGGAAUGAGGGAUACUUAGUAAAAUUCAAGCACAGAGCCCCUUCCAGUAUCUAUAUGUUCACCUCUGCUGUAAAAUAUAUGAUAGAAAUAGGGGACUGGUAGUUGAGGGACUGGCCUAGUCCCUGGGUCCAGCUGCCACAAUGGCGGCAAAGACCAAAAAAUCCUUAUUCCCAUUGGCUGUUGAUUUCAGAAACAAAAUGCAGGGUCCUCUCACCAGCGUUAGCUGCAACAAAGGUUAUAUCUGAAUUAUCUUGAAUGCUUCAGCAGCUCAUUUUUGUAUAUGAGCCCAAACACAGGCAAAUGGGAGUGAGUAGCUAAAGUGCAUAAAUGGUGGAAUGCUCUCUCUCCCCCUCUCCCUCUCUGAUCCAUUUGAACACCAAGGAGAACCUUUUGUAUAUUUGCUCACAAGGAAGUGGUACAGUGACAGGUGUCCAUGCUGAUGAUGCCUUGGCUCAGUUCGAAAUAGAGCCCUAGUUGAAAACUAUUUGAUGUCCAAUAUUAUCUGCUGUAUUAUAAAAAGGUUUUCUAUAUAUAUUCAUAUCUUAUUUUGACAGCUGAUUGACACAGUAUUAUUUUUCAGAACAAUGGCUUUAGGUGUAUAUUUCUGAAUGGUGGUCCUGAUCCAGUUAUUCUACCGAAUGAGUAAAGGUCUCAUAAGCACAGAUGGAAAUGUGGUGCACGUGGGGGGCAACCUAUUUUCUCAAUUUUCAUUUUCUCCAGUAAUGCAAUUGUGCAUUGCUCACAAUUCUAGAAAACAGAGUAGUUAAUGGCCACAUCAGAAUCCACUGGUACAGUUGAAGGCAACUAGGUGAUGGUCAGAAUACUAUUAAAGCUCGCUGUAUGCUACUGUCACAUUGUAUAGUAUAGUCAUAUCUCCCUGCAUCAGUUAAUGCAUCAGUUAAUACCAUUGGCAUCAGCACAUCCAUAACUCAGUUAAGGUAAAGUACCUACAUUUGUGCUAGGCUUACAGUAUCAGAGGCAAGGUGCACACAACUGGUAUUUCUGUUUCUUGUCUAUGCAUGACAGUACUGCAUGCAAAGUAUUAUGCAUUUUCAAAUAGUAUCCUUUUUGCACUACAGAAAUGCCAUGGACUGUUUGUUUGUUUGGUUGGUUUUUGUUCAAGGGCUCCUGGAAUAGUGUUGUAUUACUCUAUGGCCAAAGGAUAAUGACUGAUUUUUGAUAAUUAAUUUGCAAUAGCAAGAUGUAUAUAAUAGAUGAUUUUAACCAAAUUGAUCCCUUUCCAGGGCUUAUAAUUAAAUGGCUAUUUUUCAUAUCAUACAGUGGAUUAGCUACAUAAACUUUCAGUGAAAUAUUGUGGCAAUAAUAGAUACUUGUAACCUGAGUGUAUUUGUGUUUACUCAAAGUCGCCCUGAGUUCAGUGGAAAUUACUCUCUAGUAAGUAUAUAUAAGAAUGCAAUCAUACUGCCCCUUGUGAAAGGCAUACCAGUAUCAUAUUCUUAUCCCUUACCUAAUGUUAAGAAUAUAUUGGUUUGAAUAUCUGUAGAUAAAAACUUUCUUAGUAAAACAUUUCACAUCUGAUAAACCUUUAAGGCAAAUGAAUAAAUUGGAUUACGCAACCUC